UGGGUGGCUCCGCGGACGGUGUUCCAGCAGUCGCGCUUGGGCGGUCCGAGUGAGCAGUAACGGAUCUUCUGCAGAAAUCAGUGCAUAGAUACAGUAUCUGAAGGAUCAAAGUGUUGAAAAUCAAUUAAAAGAUGGACGAGGCUUCUGGCACGACGACAACCGAUGGCAAGUCCCUGGAUGAGGCGCCGGUGGCCGCAGGACUGGAGCCCACACAGCCGAUCGGCUUCCUGCAGCUCUUCCGCUUCUCCACCUGCGGGGAGAUCGCGUGGCUCUUCUUUGUGUUCCUCAUGUGCUGCGUCAAGGCGUUGACCCUGCCCGCAGUGGUCAUCAUUUACAGCGAGUUCACAGCACCCUCUCCGCUGCCACGAACAUCACCACGCUGUCGUUUCCCUUCACGAUGGCCAACAGCAGCGGCGGCGGGUACACCAUUCCCACGGGGACCCUGAGCAUCCUUCCCAUCGCUGCGAACGCCCAGCUGCCGACCAUCACGACAACGGCCAGUGGCUACGAGCCCAAUGACGUCAUCACCACGAUCCCCGUCUCGCUCUCCAUCCAGCGCUUCCCCUCGUCCCUGUCCAUCGUGGACCUGGCCCAGAAGCAGGACGGCUACAGCAACAGUGGCUCCAGCAACGGCAUGACCGUGGGGCCGG